GUCUUAAAAUCAUGUAUAUAUAUGCCAACAAUUCGAGUCCAAUAAUUUAAUCCUCACAACUGAUUAUGAAAUUUUAGUAUUGAAGAAAAUCUAUUGAUCUCUCUCGAUAAUUAUCACAUGGAGCGAAACCCACCAUAUCAUUUUCUCUUCAUUAUACUUGCCAUAUCACUAGCAACAAUGGCACCAUUAUUCUUCUACACCUUAUAUUUCAAUUCACAACACUUUAUUAUAUAUCCCAUGACACUUCCAAUAUUAUUCACAACAUUUAUGUCAUCACCGCCUUCAUUAGAAUUACCAACAAAUUAUUCACAACCGUUGGAUGUAACUACAUCACAUAAUUUCACCAAAGUGUAUGAUUUGAAUAAUACACCAACAAUCAUGCACAACAUGGAGGAUCAAGAGUUGUUCCUCAAAGCAAGUAUGGUCCAAGGAAUCCAAGAUUAUUUUCCUAAGAACAAAACUAAUAAUAUUGUUCCAAAGGUAGCAUUCAUGUUCUUGGUGAAAGGUGCAUUGCCCUUAGCACCAUUGUGGGAGAGAUUCUUCAAAGGACACAAAGGGUUCUACUCCAUUUACUUGCAUCAACAACCUUCUUUCAAUGAAACCUUGCCUUCAGAUUCUGUUUUCUUUGGAAGAAAAAUCCCUAGCAAGCCAACUUCAUGGGGCUUGUCAUCACUUAUAGAUGCUGAGAGGCGUCUUCUUGCUAAUGCACUUCUUGAUUCAUCCAACCAACGCUUUGUUCUUCUCUCAGAAUCAUGCAUUCCAUUGUUUGGUUUCAAAGCAAUCUAUGACUAUCUCAUGAACACAAACCUUAGCUUCUUAGAAUCAUAUGAUAUGUCUGGAAGACCGGGAACCGGAAGAUACCAUCCAAAAAUGUGGCCAAUCGUUAACAUAACAAAUUUUCGAAAGGGGUCUCAAUGGUUUGAAGUGAAGCGUGACAUUGCAAUUGAAAUAGUGAAAGACACUAAGUACAUCCCUUUGUUUAAGAAGUAUUGUGUUCCACUUCCACAUGGGAUAUGCUUUUGUGAUGAACAUUAUUUGCCCACACUUUUGCAAAUGUUGCACUACAAGAUGAACGCAAAACGUAGCAUCACUUGGGUGGAUUGGGCAAUUGCUGAAGGCCCUCACCCAAGAGAAAUUGGUUCAAGUAGUUAUAACAUUACUUAUGAGUUUUUGAACAAAAUUAGGUUUGGAUCAAAGUGUGUUUACAAUGGGAACAUCACCAGCAUGUGUUUCCUCUUUGCUAGAAAGUUUCUUCCAAGUGCAUUAGAGCCUUUACUUAGGGUGUCUCCUUUGUUGUUUGGUAUUGAUCCUUAA